AAUCUGGCGGGGACGCUCACAGCACUUCUACUCACUGGAUCUGACACGCGUGGAGAUCUACUAGUACCGUUUGUAGCCUUGCGAGCUAACCAUCUUACCUGAUAGCUAAAUACAUAGUCUGUCAAAUGAACUAGCAACUUAAUAUCACUAAAGGGAAAGUAUUUCUAGCUAGCAAUUUCUUUUCUUGCUUGACGUUUAUGAACUCCAGCUAGUCUGUAAUGCAGAGAAGCAUCUUUAGCGGAGUAAAUUAGCAAGCUUUGUAAGGCUAAAUAGGUCACGGAUCACUUGGGAUCGAAAACAGUUUUUUUUUCUAUUGACAUCACAUCUUCAGACGAUGGUGUUGCUGAAGAGUGUUCCGCCUCCCAGUGAGGGAGUGAGACAUGAACAAGCCGAGACUACUGCUGUGUUGGACGGCAAGGGACUUGGCUCGGGGACCCUCUACGUUGCAGAGACUCGCCUGUCGUGGUUUGACGGGUCAGGCAUGGGAUUCUCAUUGGAAUACCCCUCCAUCAGCCUACACGCCAUCUCGCGAGAUCUGAGCGCAUACCCUCAGGAACACCUGUACGUCAUGGUCAACGCCAAACUUAACGAUGACAAUGAUGCUGAGAUGGUGGACGAUGCCCAGAAUGAGGAGGAUGAAGAUGAGAGCAGCGAUGAUGAAGAUUCAGGGGCGAUCUCUGAAAUCCGCUUUGUGCCCAGCGACAAAGCAGCAUUGGAGAACAUGUUCUCAGCCAUGUGUGAGUGUCAGGCCCUACACCCUGACCCAGAGGACCAAGACUCUGACAAUGAUUUUGAGGGAGAGGAGUAUGAUGUGGAGGAGGCAGAGCACGGCCAGGGAGAUGUUCCUACAUUCUAUACCUAUGAGGAGGGCCUGUCAGCGCUGACCCAGGAGGGCCAGUCCACACUGGAGAGGCUGGAGGGCAUGCUGGCCCAGUCUGUGGCCCAGCAGUUCCACAUGGCCGGGGUCCGCACAGAGGAGCCCAAUGGAGAGUUCGAGGAUGGGAUGGAGGUGGACGCAGGCUCAGCGGUGGCAGGGCAGUUUGAAGACGCAGAUGUUGAUCACUGAUGGACCCUGACUGCCAUUUAAAGCGCUCCAGGUGCGUUAUGGGAUAGAGAAAGGAAAAGCUGGCUCUGAUCCGAGGCUGGAUGUUCUUUGCUUUUAUUGGUCCUCACCUCCUGUUCCACACACGUCAAUUAAACAACACAUUCAAAACGAAGCUUAAUGUUGUCUAAGCAGUCUGGCAGACCACUGAAUGCAGGCCCCCCAGUUUCCCUUAACUAUAAAACAGCCAUGUUUAUUUUGCGUUCUUGUUUUGUACCUGAUGACCAGCUGACCCCUCAGUUUAUAUUCUCUGGCAGGAAGGGUCCUGCUCUUUGUAUUAACUAAUAAACAGUUUUUGUACAAUG